UUUGUAGAAAAUGUCCCGUUUUUGAAUAGCGAACCGUUGAAUUCCAAUGAAUGUUUUUUUCCAUAUUGAUUACAGUGCAAAUUUCAAAAUGAGAAACCCAAAUGCUCGCGUUUCGUUCCUCACCCUUUCCUCUACUUCAUUCUCCACUCCCAAACCCUAGAUUUCAAAAUCUCAAAAACUCCAACUUUCACCCCCAAAUUCCAUCAUCAUCAUCAUCAUCUCCAAUGUCUUCUUGGUCAUGCAAAAAAUGCACUUUCCUCAACCCUCCGUCACAAACUUCCGAAUGCCAAAUCUGUUCAUCCUCACCUCCACCUCCAUCUCUUUCUCCCUCCGCUUCUUCUUCGUCUUCCCCAAAAUGGUCCUGCAAAUCAUGCACUCUCUUCAAUUCCUACAAAAACUCAUCUUGCCACCUCUGUGGUACUCGAAGCCACGCUCUUUCCGUUUCCACUUUUCGCGAUUUGACUGAAAUCGAACAUGAUGAUUCCGUUGGCUCUGUUUUCUUGCCUCUUCGAUCCUGCAAAAGGAAAGCCACCGAUUUUUCUGAAGAUUCUGUUCAACCACCAGAUUCUAAACGUUCCAGUGGCAGUAGUAACCCCAUUGAUCUCACCGAGAAAGAUGAUUCUGUAAAAAGGUUUAGUUCGUUGAAGAUUUUGAGUUACAAUGUUUGGUUUCGCGAAGACUUGGAGUUGCACAAGAGGAUGAAAGCUAUUGGUGAUCUUGUUCAAUUGCAUUCACCUGAUUUGAUCUGUUUUCAGGAAGUUACUCCUGAUAUAUAUGACAUUUUCAAGCGAUCCUCGUGGUGGAAUGUUUAUCAUUGUUCAGUUUCUUCGGAGAAGGCUCAUUCAAGACCCUACUUUUGUAUGCUGUUAAGCAAACUACCUGUGAAGUCUUUUUCCACCAAAUCGUUUAGCAACUCUAUAAUGGGAAGAGAGCUUUGCAUUGCUGAAGUGGAGGAUGUGAGCGGCAAGUCCUUGGUUGUAGCCACCAGCCAUCUAGAGAGUCCCAGUCCAGCCCCUCCGAAAUGGGAUCAAAUGUUCACCAAGGAACGAGUGGAGCAAGCUAAUGAGGCUCUGAACAUUCUCAAGAGGUACCCUAAUGUUGUUUUUGGGGGUGACAUGAACUGGGAUGAGAAAAAGGAUGGUCAAUAUCCUUUACAAGACGGGUGGGUUGAUGCCUGGUCUGAGCUAAAACCAAGUGAAGUUGGUUGGACGUAUGAUACCAAGUCAAACAAGAUGUUGUCAGGCAAUCGUACUCUCCAAAAACGAUUAGAUCGUUUUGUUUGUCAUUUACGUGAUCUUAAGAUAAGUAGUAUUGACAUGAUUGGGAUGGAUGAAAUACCUGGUGUUUCACACAUCAAAGAGAAGAAAGUAAGAAAUGAGAUCAAACAACUGGUACUCCCUGUUUUGCCCAGUGAUCACUACGGUCUCCUUUUGACAUUAUCUAGCAAGUAAUUGUCCCUUUUGAAAAUUCUAAUGGUGAACCCCUAAUUCACAUUGUGCUAUUUUUGUAUCUAAGGCAUGCACUACAUGCAUUUUUGUACCAUGACAGCAUGAAAUAUGUAAUGGGGUUAUUGAAAUUGACAAAUUGUACAUGGGGGAACAGGAUGCCACUUUUGCCUAAACUUUUUUAUCUACCGUAUUACCUUUUUUGUCUUAUGAAUCCAUUUUGAAAAUAUUGUAUUAGAUUUGUGUUUAUUCUAAUAUGCUUUAUGCUUUUCUCACUGGAAGACAAUGCUUUCUUCACUGCAAAUGUGAAGUGUGUUUACCAAGUAUUACUUUGCCUGAAUCUGUCCAAAUGAUAAUGCCGUAUCCAAAGUUUAGCCAAGAAGGAUCUGUGGUUUGCAUAGUGACUAGUUAAUUUCAUAUUUUUCCUUAAUGUUUUCCGUCCAUCAUUCUUUGCCUAUUGAAUAGCAUUCUUAUAUGUAAUCUAUGAUUUUUAGACUUGCUUGGGUUGGCUAGUGAUGCAAACUUCAAAAUAUUGUAAAGGCAUUUUAAAGUGAAUUUCUUUUUUCAGCAUUUGAACUUCUCUGAAGUUUCUAGAAUUGAAAAAAAUUGUCUAUUGGAUUUUAUAAUUCGGAGGUUAUUGUUAUCAGUCCCAGGGAUU